CCCUUUCCAAUGGCCCAACCUGCCUUGGGGUUUCUGCUCCUCCUGGCUAGCUGCUUCUCCUCCUCCGAAACACAAUUCCUGGACUGGAUUUGGGACAGCACGAAGACCACUGGAAGCCCAGCAGCACCCAGCAAGGGAAUCCCAGCCUCAGAGCCACUACCCUCAGCGGCAGCUCCUGCUCCCAGCCUGUCCCCAGGGACAUGGGGUGAUGAGAUGGUGAGGAAUGUCACCACCCCACAGCAGCAGGAGCCAGAUCCUGGUACAGCAGUGCCUACGGGUGAGGGGACCGCAGCCAAAACCACAGAGCAGUGGGACAGGAAUGUCACAGGGCUGAUGGAGAGCAUGGCACAGCCCAGCAUCGCUCCUCCUCACAGCACCUCACCUGCCCCUGGGCAGGAUGUGGUCGGCAGCUCCACUGAAGACCCACAGCUGCCUGGAAUGGGGACCACCAAGGACAUGCAGCUCCUGGGGUCAGGGACCACUGAAGACCCACAGCUCCUGGGGUUGGGUACCACCAAGUCCCCACAGCUCCUGGGGUCAGGGACGACUGAGGACCUGCAACUCCUGAGGAUGGGGACCACCAAGGACCAGCAGCUUUUGGAGUUAGGUACCACUGAGUCCCCACAGCUCUUGGAGAUGGGAAAUACAAAGGACCCACAGCUCCUGGGAACAGGGGCCACUGAGGACCUGCAGGUCCUCGGGGCAGGGAGCAACAAGGAUCUGCAGCUCUUGAGGGCAGGGACCACUGAGCACCCACAGGUCCUGGGGAUUAGGAAUACCAAGGACCCACAGCUCCUGGGGACAUGGACCACCAAGGACCCACAGUUCCUGGGGAUGAGGACCACUGAAGACCCACAACUCCUGGGGACAGGGACCGCCGAGAAUCUGCAGCUCCUGGGGAUAGGGACCACUGAGGACCUAGAGCUCCUGGAGAUGAGGAACACCGAGGACCCACAGCUCCUGAGGACAGUGACCACUGAGGACCCACAGGUCCUGGGGAACACUGAGGACCCACAGCUCCUGAGGACAGUGACCACUGAGGACCCACAGCUCCUGGGGAACACUGAGGACCCACAGCUCCUGAGAACAGGGACCAUCGAGAACUCGGAGCUCCUGGGGACAGGGACCCCCACAGCAAUGGAGACAUGGAUGUCCUUGCAGAGACCAGGAAGUCCCCAGCCAGGUAGUGCCCCUUCUCCUUUCUCACCAGGUGACAGUACCCAUAAGCAGGCAGUGCCAUUCCAGGACCCCGUGGCACAACCUCCCCAUCACCACCGUGAAGCAUCACCGAACCUAUGGCACGGCACUGGCCACCAGGGGCUGGCCCUGACCAGCACGAACAGGAGCCAGAGCUCCCCCUUGCCUAACCAGAGGGUGGAUAAUGGUGUGAAUCCUCCUCUUGCUGAUAACUCCAGUCCUCUUGAGUUCAAUUUACUAACUGCCACUACGCGGCUCUACGGUAGUAAUGGCGUGGGGCUGCCAUCCUUCUUUCCUGGACUGAUGCCAGCUGCCAGCCACUGCCUGCCCAUCCCAACCCACCUGCCCUUCUGCAGCGUACUGGGCACCAGCCAUGUCCGAUUGCCAAAUUACCUCCGCCACAGCAGCGAGGAGGAAAUUCGGGCGGCUUUGCAUGAGUGGGAGGGGCUGCUUGAAUCGCGGUGCCAUCGCUACCUGGAGUGGUUCCUCUGCUUGCUGCUGCUCCCCGGGUGUAGUGCCUCGGUCCCCGUAACCCCCCCACCAUGCCAGGGCUUCUGCGAGGCCGUCAGAGACCUGUGUUGGAUUCACUUGGCUGGUGGGCGCCUGCCUCUGCCUUGCGAUGCUCUCCCUGAGGAGGAUGAAGGGUAUUCUUGUGUCUUUAUUAAUGCUUCUGCAGAGAACCUGAGUGCCGAGGUCAGCCUCCUGGAGCUCAUCGGAGACCCGCCACCGGAGGAGAUCCUCAAAAUUUAUGGCCCUGACAACAACCCUGGCUAUGUCUUCGGCCCCAAUGCCAACACGGGCCAGGUGGCCCGGUACCACCUGCCAAGCCCUUUCUACCGGGACUUCUCCCUCCUGUUCCACAUCCAGCCCACCACCCCCUGGGCCGGUGUGCUCUUUGCCAUCACGGACUCCUCGCAGAGCAUCAUCUACGUGGGCGUCAAGCUCUCAGAGCUGCGGGCAGGCAAGCAGCAGAUCAUCUUCUAUUACACGGAACCGGGCUCACCCAGCUCGUAUCCAGCAGCCACCUUCACCGUGCCCACCUUGCUCAACCAGUGGACGCGCUUUGCCAUCAGCGUGGAGGAGGAUGAAGUCAUCCUCUACUUGGACUGCGAGGAGCAUGAGCGGGUCCGGUUUGAGCGCUCCCCAGACGAGAUGGAGCUGGAAGAUGGCUCCGGGCUCUUUGUUGCUCAGGCUGGAGGGGCUGACCCGGAUAAAUACCAGGGGGUCAUUGCCGAUUUGAAGCUGCGAGGGGACCCGCGGGCGGCAGAGCGCCAGUGCGAGGAAGAGGAGGAUGACACGGAGCUCUCCGGUGAUUUCGGCAGUGGGGCAGAAGGUGGACACCAACCCUCAGGGAAGGUCGGGGGUGUCCCAGGGCUGGUGGAUGCUGUCCCUGUCACCUCUCCCCCCGUGGCGGGGGGCAGCGGGCCAAGGAGCAGUGGGGGGUCCCCGCAGCAAGCUGAGAGGACCAGAGCAGAGGAGACCCUGCGGGUCUCCAUGGGAGGCACCGGCCCCAAAGGUGAAAAGGGGGAGAAGGGCGAACGUGGCUUGAAAGGGGACUCAGGGACUGGUGGUAUCAUGGGGACAAGCAGUGUCAAGGGCCAAAAGGGGGAGAAGGGAGACCUGGGCAUCAAGGGCAGUGCUGGAUUUGGCUACCCUGGCUCUAAGGGCCAAAAAGGGGAACCAGGUGACCCCGGCCCACCCGGGACCCUCUCUCGGCACACCGAUGGUUCAGUGGUGGAGCAGGUCACUGGUCCCCCAGGGCCACCAGGGAAAGAUGGAGCCCCCGGCAGGGAUGGCGAGCCCGGAGAUCCUGGCGAGGACGGCAAACCUGGUGAUAUGGGGCCCCAGGGGUUCCCCGGGAUGCCGGGAGAGCCGGGUCUGAAGGGGGAGAAGGGUGACCCAGGCGUGGGGCCAAGGGGACCCCCUGGACCACCUGGCCCCCCAGGACCACCAGGACCCUCCUCCAAGAAUGACAAGCUGACCUUCAUUGACAUGGAGGGCUCUGGCUUCGGCGGUGACCUGGAGAGCCUGCGGGGUCCGCGCGGGCCACCCGGUCCCCCAGGGCCACCUGGCGUGCCUGGUUUGCCAGGGGAGCCAGGACGAUUCGGGAUGAACCGCACAGACCUGCCAGGACCACCGGGGCUGCCAGGCAGGGAUGGGAUCCCUGGACCCCCGGGGCCAGCGGGUCCUCAGGGUCCUCCAGGAAGAGACGGGGAGGCUGGGCAGCCAGGGCCCAAAGGAGAGCGGGGUGACGUGGGUGACCUCGGCCUCCCCGGUGUACCGGGACCCAAGGGCAACAAAGGAGAAAUGGGACCAGCAGGACCGCCGGGAGAAAUGGGUUUAGCUGGCCUUCCUGGGCCCAUCGGACCCCGAGGGCAGCCAGGGCCUCCCGGGCCCCCGGGACCGCCAGGACCAGGCUACGAGGCUGGAUUUGGUGACAUGGAGGGCUCGGGGCUGUCAUUCACCCCUGGACCACCUGGACCUGAAGGGCCACAGGGGCUGCCAGGACUGCCAGGGGCGAAGGGAGAGGUCGGCAGCCCUGGACAGCCCGGCUUGCCAGGCCCGAAGGGAGAUGCUGGCAUGCCUGGUGUGGAUGGACGUCCUGGCCUGGAGGGCUUCCCUGGACCACAGGGACCCAAAGGUGACCAAGGCAACCCUGGUGAGAAGGGAGAGCGAGGACAAGAUGGUGUGGGGCUGCCCGGCCCCCCAGGGCCACCCGGUCCCCCUGGACAGGUCAUCACUCUCUCAAGUGAAGAUAAGUCUUUGGUGGCUUUUCCUGGUCCAGAGGGCAGACCAGGCCACGCCGGAUUCCCGGGUCCAGUGGGACCAAAAGGAGACCAGGGGUCAACUGGUCCUCAGGGCUCCCCAGGGUUGAAGGGGGAGAAGGGGGAACCCGGUGUCAUCAUCAGCCCUGAUGGGACCGUGGUCACCGCAAAGGUGAAAGGAGAAAAGGGGGAGCCGGGGCUGCAGGGACCAAUGGGACCAUCAGGUCCCCAGGGACAAGCAGGGAUGAAGGGAGAGAUCGGCUUUCCAGGCAGACCCGGACGUCCUGGCAUGAAUGGGCUGAAGGGUGAGAAGGGUGACCCCGCAGAUGUGCUGGGCUUGCGGGGUCCCCCAGGACCCCCAGGACCUCCUGGGCCCCCUGGGCCACCUGGCAGCAUAGCCUACAACAGUGGCAAUACCUUCAGUGACUCCAGCCAUCCUGCACUGCCAGCGUUUCCUGGUCUCCACCAGUUCCCAGGACAGAAGGGAGAGAAAGGUGAUGCUGGACCCCCAGGGCCCCCAGGGCACUUCCCCUAUGACCCGACUCACUUUGGCACCAACCUGCGGGGUGACAAGGGAGAUGCAGGUCCUAAGGGUGAGAAGGGUGAGCCGGGCAGCACCCCACUCUACAACCCCAGUGUUUCCAGGCUGCCAGGGCCUCCAGGGCCCCAGGGAUACCCUGGGCUGCCAGGUCCCAAGGGGGACAGUAUUGUCGGGCCACCAGGGCCUCCUGGACCUCAGGGUCCCCCUGGUAUUGGAUAUGAGGGGCGGCAGGGCCCCCCUGGCCCUCCCGGCCCCCCUGGUCCACCCUCCUUCCCAGGUCCCCACAGACAAGCUAUCAGCAUCCCUGGACCCCCAGGACCACCAGGACCCCCUGGACCACCAGGCACUAGCGGGUUAUCCUUGGGGCUCCGUGCCAUGCCAACAUACCAGCUGAUGCUGAGCACCGCACACGAGCUGCCUGAGGGCAGCCUCAUCUUCCUGACUGACCGGCAAGAGCUCUAUGUCCGCCUGCGCGGGGGCUUCCGACGGGUGCUGCUGGAGGAGCACAACCUGAUCCCCAGUUCAGCUCUGGACAACGAGGUGUAUGACAAGCCGCCCACCCUCCACUACGCUGGCACCCAGCCCCACGGGCCCCUGCACCCCCUCCGUAACCAUGUCCCCCCCCCCACUGCCCGACCCUGGCGUGGGGAUGAGGUGGUGGCCAACCAGCACCGCCUGCCUGAGCAACCCCUGCUCCACCACCAGGACGAGCUCCUCAACAGCUACUACAUCCACCGCCGGCCGGAUCCGGCUCCCGUGGCUGCCCACGUGCACCAGGACUUCCAGCCCGCUCUUCACCUGGUGGCCCUGAACACCCCCCUCAGUGGCGGCAUGCGUGGCAUCCGGGGCGCUGAUUUCCAGUGCUUCCAGCAAGCCCGGCAGGUCGGGCUGGCCGGCACCUUCCGCGCCUUCCUCUCCUCACGCUUGCAGGAUCUCUACAGCAUCGUGCGCAGGGCCGACCGUGCCGCUGUCCCCAUCGUCAACCUCCGGGAUGAAGUGCUCUUCAAUAACUGGGAAGCCCUUUUCACAGGCAGCGGGGCUCCGCUGCGAGCCGGCACCCGUAUCCUCUCCUUCGACGGCCGGGAUGUCCUGCGGGAUGCGGGAUGGCCACAGAAGAGUGUGUGGCACGGCUCGGAUGCCAAGGGCCGGCGCUUGCCCGACAGCUACUGCGAGACGUGGCGAACGGAGGAGCGCGCCAUCACCGGCCAGGCUUCCUCACUGACCUCCAGAAAACUGCUGGAGCAGGUGGCCAGCAGCUGCCAGCACGCCUUCAUCGUCCUCUGCAUCGAGAACAGCUUCAUGACUGCCGCCAAAAAGUGACACCCACCCUCCCAUCCCCUGGGUACCCCCAUCUCCCCAGGGAGGGGCGGGGACCCUGCACCCUGGCACCCCUGGGGUCCUCAGCUCCCUCCACGUGCCUGCUCUCGCCCCGCAGGGUUUUCUUCUCCCGCAGACCUGAAGCCAAAGAGCAUUGCCAUGGCCCCUGCCCUGGAUCGGCAGGGGCUUGGGUGCCACCCGGGGCAGAGCAGCCAUGAACUGGCUGCCUUCCUCCUCCUCCUCCUCCUCGUCCCCUCACUCUUCUUCUAACUCCUAAUAUUUAACCACUUCAGCUUGUUCCCCCACUUGCUUGGAUGCUCUUUUUGGCAUGGCUGGCUGGGAGGCUGCUUGACAGGGAGAUUUCAGAGCUGCCAUGUCAGGUGCCCUCCCCAAGAGCCUGUGGGGGCUCCCUGACCAGCACCCCAGCCCCACACUGUCCUCAACCAGGAGCUUGGCGUUGGACCCAAAUCUCUGCUGCUGGGGCCAUGGGGUCUUCUCCAGCCAAAAUCCUGGCAUCCCACCCAAGGGACUGUCCCGUGGCAGUGCUUGGGCUCCCCCAGAUGGUCUCCCUCCUCCCCAGGUAAAGACUAUCCCAUCAUCAUCCUCACCUCCACCUCCCAGCCAGCAGAGCUCUGGUGGGGGUCUGGUCUCCCCCAUCCCCUCCACACACCCUCAGGACCUCUGUCCGUGCCCCUGCAGCCCAGGUACAGCCACAGUCAGCCCAGAACAGGUACUGGGCUGAAGGGGUGGCCCCGAUGUGUGGCCAGAUGUGCCCUUGGCGUGUGUUUAUAUGUGUGUGCGUGUUGAGUACGUGUGGUAUCAAGGGCAGGCACUGCCAUCCCCCCUCCCCAUGCCACCUUUGCUGGGCUUGAAUGGUGAAGGCGCAGCAAAACUGGUUAGAAUUGGUGUGGGCAAAUCCAAGGUGCUAAAAAAAACCAAAAAAAAAAAAGAAAGAAAAAAGAGAAAUCCGUAACUAGCUUUUUUUUGUUAUUGUAUGGAAAUUAUUACCAUAAAAGCUGUGCGAGUCACACGGUCUUUAUUUCUUACAGUCUACUGUAUUUUGUGUAAUUAAUGCAAUUUAAAGCCUGUGGAUCUUUAUAUUAUUUUUUUGUUGUUGGUUGUGUCCUAUAAACCAUUUUCUAAAGGCACUGAAUAAAGAAACAUCCUCUUGUA